AUGGCAUUCGCGCUUUAUUUCAAUGAGAACAACGGUUACCUGGAUGGUAUUCUUCGAGGCUAUCGCUCGGGAAUUAUUUCCCGGACACAGUACUCUAACCUAACCCAAAGCGAGACUCUUGAAGAUCUUCGUCUUCAAUUGGGAGCCACAGAUUAUGGAACCUUGUUGCAAAAUGAGCCUUCUCCCAUCUCGACCUCGACUAUCUCUGAGAAGUUGACCCAACGCCUGGUGGAAGAGUUUGACUAUAUUCGCGCCAAUGCUGUCCAGCCAUUAACAAAGUUCCUCGACUACAUUACGUAUCAGUACAUGAUCGACAAUGUCAUUCUGUUGAUCACUGGAACUCUUCAUGAGCGUGAUACCCAUGAGUUGCUCGAGCGUUGUCAUCCUCUGGGUGUUUUUGAUUCUAUGCCUGCUCUGUGUGUGGCUACUACUGUUGCUGAAUUGUACAACACUGUUUUGGUGGAGACUCCUUUGGCACCUUACUUUGCCAACUGCCUGAGUGCCCACGAUUUAGAUGAGCUUAAUAUUGAAAUCAUUCGUAACACUCUCCACAAGGCAUAUCUCGAAGACUUUUACCAGUUUUGCCAGACACUCGGUGGCCCUACAGCUGAAGUUAUGGGAGAGAUUCUUCAGUUCGAGGCAGAUCGUCGUACAAUCAACAUUACCAUCAAUUCUUUUGGUACUGAGCUGUCUAAAGAGGAUCGUCGCAAGCUAUUCCCUACCAUUGGUCGUCUUUAUCCCGAAGGAAACGCAAGACUGGCUGUAGCCGAUGAAAUCGAUCAGGUUAAGAGUGCUUGUGAAGUAUUCCAUGAAUAUCGUCCUUUCUUUGACACUGUAACAAGCAACAGCACAUUGGAAAACAGAUUCUUUGAGUAUGAAGUCUUUUUGAACGGAAUUUCUUUCCAGCAACAGUUCAACUACGGUGUUUUCUAUUCCUACAUCAAGCUCAGAGAACAGGAGAUCCGUAACAUUGUAUGGAUUGCAGAGUGCGUCUCCCAGAACCAAAAGGAUAGAAUUGGCAGUUAUAUCCCAGUCCUCUAAAACAUGUUACCCUGAUUUCUGCGCUGUACAUUGAAUAAAUACUAGCUCCGCCAGUACCAAAGUUGUU